AUGGAGCUGGCCACAGGGAGAGUCGUCAAGGAGUCGUCGACUGGUCCUGGUGGCCGUGGUUCUGAGGCGGGGCGCUACGGUAGUAGCAGGUCCGAGGGGGACAAGAGCGGCGGCGGCGGGGCACGGGACUACGCCAGAGAAGGAGGAGGAGGAGGCCGGAGUAGCGAUGGGGACCGUGAUAGGGACAGGCGUGGUGGCGGCGGCGAUAAGCAGCAGUACAGGCGAAAGGGAUCGUCGGAAUCGAGGGGUGGAAGCGGGAGUACGCGGCACUACGGCGACAGCCGGCACGACAAGGCGUAUCGAUAUACCAGCCAUCGCGAUCGGAGCAGCAGCAGCCGUAGAGAUGGCAAUGCCAAGGACCGGCAACGCUCGCGAGACAGCGAUCGCGGCAGCGCUCGAGGUCGGGGGAGGGACAGCGGGAGCGGCGGUGACCAUGGGAGCGGUCGAUCUAGCAGCGGAAGCAGGGGCGACUUCAGCAGCCACCGCGGCGCCAACGGCAGCAGCGGCGGCAGCGGCGGAGGGAGCGGGGGCAGUGCUGGCGGCGGCGGCGGCGGCGGCAGACGGUUAGCGGAUUUGCCGGAGGAGGCGGCCGUUAACGCGGCCGCCGGCAACGGCAGAAGUAGCGGCGGGUUUUCGUCCGGGGAACGCUCGGGGAGGGUGGAUAUAAACGGAGCCAUCGACGCGGGUGGAGAGGCAGGCUCCGCCGUCAAGGGUAUGGAAGGCGUCGCCAACGGCACCGGUGCGAAGCCCUCCUCCUCCUCCGCUGCCGGCGGCGCAGCCGGCAAGUCCUCUGCCGUAGCCGGCGACGGAGAGGAGGGCGAGGUGUUGCUGUCGGGCUCGUCUUCGCCGCGCGGCGCUCCCAGAAGAAGAGAUGCCUCCGCUUCCGCGAACGGCGGCGGCGGCGGCGGCGGCGGCGGCGGCGGCAGCAGCGUUAGCAGCGGGAGCGUCGACGGCGGUGGCGGCGGUGGCGGCGGCGCGAGCGCGACGCGCUCAUCGCCGUCGUCUCCGCCCCGGGGAGAGAACUACAGCCCAGGGGGGGGAGCGGGCGUGGAGGCCGUAAGUAAGCCAGCCGGGAAGGAUCGAUGGGCGGACUCUGACAGUGACGAGGACGAGGACGGGGGGGGGAAGGGGAAGGCGGGGGGUGGCGGAAACGGGGCAGCAUCCCUCGAGGCUAACGGGGCGGCGGGCGGCGGGAGCGGCGGCGGUCACCACGACGGGAAGAACGGCUUGGGAGGGGCAGCGGGCAAUAGAGGAGAGAGUGGGGGUGAGUCGGGGGCGGGGGGCGUGAGCGCGGAGGGAGAAGGGGGGUCGGCGAGAAGAAGAUCGGAGGCGGGGGGGGGGGCCGGGGAGCUCAAGCUUGCGAUGGCGGCGGGGAAGAAGGCGGGCUGCACGGCGGAUGGUACCGCUGGGGGGGGAGAAGACGGGAGCGGCGGCGGGAAUGAGGCCGGGGUGGGCGGCGGGGAGCAAGGAGGCGCUGCUCCGGAGAAUGACGGGGGUGCCGGUAGGCGGAACUCGAGGGCCCCCAUGACCGUGUUCACGAGGCAUCAGGCCGCGCAGGACACGUACAACCCGCUGCUGUACGGCUGCCGGAGCGUGGACAACUAUGAGCGCAUCGAGUUCAUCGACGAGGGCGCGUACGGGAAGGUGUACUGCGCGCUCAACAAGGCCACCGGGGAGGUGGUGGCGUUGAAGCAGGUGAAGCUGACGAGGAACAACGGCAAGGAGGGCUUUCCGAUCACCGCCCUGAGGGAAACCAACGUGCUGCUCAGCCUGCACAACCCCAACAUCGUGCGGGUGCUGGAGAUGGUGGUCGGAUCCACCUUGGACAAGGUGUACAUGGUGAUGGAGUACUUCGACCACGACCUCAAGUCGGUGAUGCGACAUAUGCGGCAUCAGAAGACGUGGAACCUGCUCUACAACCACCAGGGCAAGCUGGCUAUCUGCGACUUCGGUCUGGCGAGAAAGUACGAGGAACCCAUCCGGCCGUACACUACCCCCGUCGUGACACAGUGGUACCGGUGCCCUGAGCUCCUCCUCGGCGAGAAGACCUACAGCACAGGCGUGGACACCUGGAGCGUGGGAACGAUCUUCGGCGAGCUCGUGCUGGGGUCUCCCAUGUUUCAGGGCAAGACGGAGAUCGACCAGCUUAAGCUGAUCUUCGGGGUGCUGGGAUCCCCGACGGAGGAUCGGUGGCCCGGGUGGACCAAGCUGCCUGGCGCGAAGAGCGUCGGCUGGCGUCAGGGCACGGGGAACCAGCUCCGAGCAACGUUUCCGACCAACGGCUUCAGCGGGAAGCCGUCGAUCAGCACCCAGGGCCUGGAGCUGAUGAACGGCCUGCUGGCCCUCGACCCGCAGCAGCGCAUGUCCGCGCACGACGCCCUCGAACACUGCUGGUUCACCACGGAGAGGCCGGCACCCACGCCCCUCGGAGACAUGCCGCAGGUGGACUCCAAGCUGGACAAGGACAUCAACAACGCCCUGGCGAAGUGGUCCAAGGCGCAGAUCGGCAAGCAGAGCAUGAGAGGGGGCGUCUCCCCUCCCGCCCCGUCACGACAGCAACGGCCAGAAAUUCGACCGAAGGGGGUAUAG